AUUUAAAAAAUAUUUAAAAAAUCGAUAAAGUAUGCAAAGCAAUGAUGUUAAAAUGACUAUAAGAAAGCUAUUUUUAAAGUUAUUAUCUAAAACGCAGGUUGAAUUAAAAGAUGAAGCAUAUUGGGAACAGUUGUGGACAACCCAUAACAUUCAAAUUCAAGAUAUGUUUAUAUUAUUUACUGCUGGCGAAUUGAAAAAAAUGAAGGAAUUGAGUCCUUAUAAUUUAGCUGCUUUGUUUUAUAAAAAUAUAGAAAGAAUUUAUCUUGCUGCUAAAGCAUCAUGUCAAAAUAAUCUAGAUCAGAAGGCUGUUUUAAAUUGCCUAAAAAUGCUUACUCGUAUAUUGCCUCAUAUAUUUCAAGAUGAAGAUUGGCAAGAUUUUUUUUGGUCAAAUUCAUCUAAAGAAAAAAUUAUUUCUGAAAUACCUUUACCACUUGGAAAAACAUUGCUAACUAUCCUAUGUGAUCUAAUGUUUUGUCCUGAUUUCACAGUUGGUUCUCACAAAAUUUUUCCGGAAGGAUUAGAGGAUAUAACAAAUUUGGAUAGUUGCGAAUACAUAUGGGAAAAUGGUGUGGGGUUUUCUUCGAACCAAAACAAAUGCCUCAAGUACGACUGCAAUAGGGUUGAAAUAUUGAGGCUCCUUCUGACUUGUCUAUCCCAAAAUUUAUAUAAGGAUUGUGUGGCUUCAGUUGAUUGCGGGACUGAUACGACUUGUAACGAAGGCAACGAUUUGAGAGCGGAAGAGACCACAGGAGGAUAUCAAAGUUUAGAGUUGGGAGAUACAGCCCAUAAUGGUUGCACCAACGAUCUUCCUAGCGACGAUUACAACUACAAUUACUUUGUCGAAGAAGCGAAUAAUUUCGUAUCCCCUGCCAAGGAUCCCUGGAUAGAAUACUUUUCGAGUCAGGCUAACAGGCACACACUUUCCAUAUUCACUUCUCUCCUUAACGUAGUUUGCGACAGGGGCAAGGAAUGCUUCUGUAAUCAAGCCUCCAGUUCGCAUUGGUACGCUAAUCUAUUCAGAUUCGGAUCUCAAAAUAAAGAUCGAGAUGUCUUGGUAGAGUUAUGCCUCCAUAUCUUACUUGUCGUUUUAUCCUAUGAAUCACAUUCCUUAAAAUCUUUAGAAGAACCCGAAACAAAAAAUACGGAAAAUUCCAAAAAUUUAUUUUCACUCUACCUCAGCCGCCUUCAUCAUGAAGAGGAUUUCGAUUUCGUGCUUAAGGGGAUGAUUGGGUUACUCAACGAAUCGCUACCGUUUUACAAUCCGAAUUUCAGUAACUCCUACAACGUUUCGAAUGUUUGCCACAAUCCCGUCAAUCAUACCACGACGAACGGUUUAAAGAAUGGUGGCGUUAAUGGUUUGGGUGGAAUCCUGGAAGCCCUGCAUUUAAACCCCUUUUCCGGCAAAGGAGCAGUAAAGAUAUGUCAACUCAAUCAAGAGGUCAUGGUUCUUUUUUGGCUUUUCUGCGAUCUCAACAAAAAAUUCGUUUCACAUCUCAUGAAAACAAACAAAGUUUUGGACAUAAUCUUGCCAAUUUUGUACCACUUGAAUGAAUCCAAAAUGGAUGAAUCAAAAAUGGGUAUUAUACACGUCGGUAUAUUCGUUUUGCUUGUUUUAAGUGGGGAAAGAAACUUAGGAGUACGACUCAAUAAACCAUAUUCUGGUAAUUUAUUCAAGAAUGAGAUUCCUAUCAUCACGGCUACAAACAAACUCAAUCACGCCGACAUUUUGCUAUUGAUUUUUCACGAGAUUAUAGUGAGAGGACAUUACAAGCUAAGUAAUCUUUACGAGAGCCUGCUCAUCAUCAUAGUUAACAUUUCGCCAUACCUCAAAGGUUUAUCCAUGAUCACUGCCAAAAAGCUUUUGCACCUUUUAGAAGGAUUCGCCGAUCCGCAUUUCAUCUAUGCCAAACCGUACAAUUACCGUUUAGUAUUUUUCCUUUUAGAAACGCUCAAUAAUUUGAUCCAAUAUCAAUUCGAUGGAAAUUCCACCUUAGUGUAUCAGAUUAUCAAAAAACGAAAAGUAUUUUACAAUUUGUUGAACUUGCCCACGGAUCAAACAUUAUUGAAUCAUUUGCAUGAUAAAGUGAAAGAGGAAGUCCAAGAUCCUAAUGGAAUUAAGUCAUCGAAGAUCUGCUCGGACAACUUUAUGAACAACGAUUCAUUUUAUGAUGCCAAUGACGCGUUUAAUGGGAAUAACAAAAUCAAAUGGAAGCCUAAUUCUGCUUGGGCUUCUACAAUAAAACAAAAGAUGCCAUUACAAACAAUUUUACGACUUUUGCAAGUUUUAAUCCCUCAGAUAGAGAGGAUAUGCAUUGAAAAUAAAUCAAACGACGAAAGCGAGAUACUGAAAUUUUUGCAUCACGGUACGUUGGUAGGACUCUUACCCGUUCCUCAUCCUAUACUCAUUCGAAAAUAUCAAACGAACCGAUCCACUAGUCUUUGGUUCCUCACAUAUAUAUGGGGAUUCAUAUACUUGAAGCGCCUUAGGAGCUCUGAACUUUAUAGUAGGGUAGCGGUCGAAAAGCCACUAUUGAGCAAUAUAAAUAAACUCAAGCAAUUAGAUUGGGCACGAGAACAUCAAUUUUGGACAUCUGCAAACUGGUACCACGUCUUAUGGAGUGAUGAGUCAAAAUUCGAAAUCUUCGGUUCUAAAAGAAGGCGAUAUAUCCGCCGCUCAGCUGGAGAGCGAAUGAGCGAUCGCUGCAUAAUUCCUACAGUCAAAUUCGGGGGGAGGUCUGUUAUGGUGUGGUGGUGCUUGGUGCCGGGGCAACCGCCGACAUUGUCAAAAUUAAAGGAAUCCUUAACAAGGAGCGAUACCGGCAAAUCCUUGAGGACCAUGUGA